AAAAUGCUGAUAGUUAAGUGGCAGCAAAUUAAAAUUAUUAUAAGAUCCUAAUUUUGCUCCAUUUGUUUCGCCUCUCUUUGACUUUGAUUGAUACAACUCUCAUCAUCUCAUACACGUUGCAUUUUUUUUAUAAGCCAAUAAAUCUCAUACACAUUGCAUAACAAUAUUAUUAUUCUCUCUAACAUAAUGACCGAUGAAGAAACCACCGCCGCCGCCGCCACCGUCUCCGGCUCACCGGAAAAAAUCCAAACAGCCAUUCAAUCCCUCUUCUCCAUUGUCCCAUCCCUGAAUCUCUCCACCACCAACCCUCUAUCUCUCCUCCACGACCCCAACAUCUACACCGAAAUCUCCACCCUCCUCCGGGACCCCAACUCCGGCGCCGGCGACAACAAUCUCUGCCGGUGGCUCUACGACACUUUCCAAUCCGGUGACCCGGAGCUCCACCUCCUCGUCCUCCGCUUCCUCCCCGUCAUCGCCGGCGUCUACCUCUCCCGCGUCGCCGACCGGAAGCCUCAGGCGGGGUUCGAGGCGGUGCUGCUAGCCCUCUACGCCCACGAAACCACCUCACGCGGCGGCGAGCCCGUUACUGUCACAAUCCCCGACAUGUCACACCCCAGUAUCUACCACGAAUCUAAGGCGCCAUCGAAGAACAACGCCACCGAACUCAACGUCGCCGUCGUGUCCCCCGCCUUGGAGCCCCACGGCACCGUCCGAUCCACCAGAAGAGCUCGCAUUGUCGGCGUCGCAUUUGAAUUGUUCUACAGCAAGAUUUCGCAGAUACCCAGUGCCCCGAAAAUCGAUUUCUGCGAUUUUUGCAAGGUUUGGGCUGGCCAAGAUGGAGAAAUGUACAAGGAUUUUGAAGAGGAAUCAGAAUCAGAAGAUGAGGAGGAAGAAGUAGGAGGUGAGAAUUGUGAAGAAGAAGGAAAAGAAGAACAUGGGGUUGGUGAAGAGAAACAGAGUAGAAACAGGGGAAAAACAGAGGAUCUAAGUGAAGAGAAACAGAGGAGUAACAGGGGGAAAACAGAGGGGAGGGUUCCUCUGCCUUGGGAGUUGUUGCAACCUGUUAUGAGGAUUUUGGGUCAUUGUUUGUUGGGUCCAAGUAGUAACAAGGAUAUGGAGUUGUUUGAGGCAGCUAGUGAAGCUUGUAGGAGUUUGUUUGCAAGGGCCAUGCAUGAUGUUAAUCCCAAUGCUAUCUUGCCUAUGAGGAGUUUGUUGAGGCUUUCCAAGAGUGUUGUUGGGAAUCAUGUGGAUGAUUUUGAUCCCACUGAGUUACCUAAGACUGAUGUUAUUACUCUUUAGUUUGCAUUUAUUUUGUAUGUUGGGUUGGUGAUUAUUUAGAUUCCUUAAUCUCUUUUUUCAUAUUGUUGCCUUGUGAUUUUGGACUUUGAGGCAGGUUUGAAUUCAUGUAUGUUUCUGAACAAGGAAAUUGACUAAUUGAAAGUUAUUUUUUUUGGGGAA